AUGAAUGAUAUGAUCAUCAUUGACAUUCAUAGUUAUGAAAAAAAGUCGAAAUCUCCAGUGGCCAUCAAAAUCAUUGAUCUUGAAAGUGCUGAGGAUGAAAUUGAAGAUAUUCAGCAAGAAAUUGCAAUUCUCUCACAAUUGGACUCACAAUAUGUGACAAGAUAUUAUGCUUCCUAUCUUAAAGGAACGCAUCUAUGGAUUAUAAUGGAAUAUUGUUCUGGUGGUUCUUGUUCUGAUCUAAUGAAGCCAGGAGCUAUCAGGGAAGAAUAUAUAGCAAUCAUAUUAAGAGAAUUGCUGAAAGGCUUGGAUUAUCUUCACAACGAAAAUAAACUACACAGAGAUAUUAAAGCGGCAAAUGUCCUUUUAAGCUCGAACGGUGAUGUGAAACUGGCUGAUUUUGGAGUUUCGGGACAGCUUACAGCGACAAUGACCAAGAAAGUUACCUUUGUUGGUACUCCGUUUUGGAUGGCACCUGAGGUUAUUAAACAAUCAGGAUAUGACUUUAAGGCGGAUAUCUGGUCGUUGGGAAUAACCGCCAUCGAGCUUGCCAAGGGGGUACCACCUUACGCAGAACAGCACCCAAUGAAAGUACUUUUUCUCAUUCCCAAAAAUCCAUCUCCAGUUUUGGAUGGCUUAUAUUCUAAAGGAUUCAAGGAAUUUGUUGCACAAUGUUUGGACAAAGAUCCUAAUAAUCGACCUACGGCAAAAGAAUUACUUAAGCAUAGGUUUAUUCGUAGUGCAAAGAAGACUUCUUAUUUGACGGAGCUAAUUGAACGACAUGAAAGAUGGGUGUCCGAAGGAGGUUGUCCGUUAGAUUCUGACGAUUCAGAACAUUCCGAGAAUGGUGUUGAUGAUCGUGAGGAAACAAGUUGGGAGUUUGACACUGUUAAACCAUCAAAAACAAAAUCAUCACGAAAACAAGUAAUGGCCAUGAAGGAAAGCGAUUCCGGGUAUGACACAGUUAAAGGUGUAGGUUCGAUCGGAGCAGAUGAUGAAUACGAUGAUGAGCUUUAUGGCCACACGCAGCCACCAGAUCCAGCAGUUUUCAGAAAAGUGGUUGUUCCAUCGAUUAAUAAGUUGUGUAAGAGUGCCCCUAGUCAAAAAGCUUUAAAUACAUUGGAAGCUUUGAAAAAAGCUUUUGAGGAUGCUGAAAGAGAAAAUCCUGGAAUAAGUGAAACAUUCAUGCAUGCAGUGUUUCAAAGAUAUGAUGAAGUUAAUCCUUAA